AUGGAUCCCCGCACCCCGCUAUCGCCGAACGCGAUCUCUCCGGGCGGGCCCGCUCGACUCCGAAAUGAGUCGGAGAAUAACUUUGCCGUCCUCAACUCGUCGCUGCUCGGCCAGCUGCCUGACGAGCUGCCCGACGAGCACCACCUCGCGUCCUACGUUACCGCGAAGCGGACGUUCCCUCCAGCGAAGGAGAAGAGGCAGCACCGGAUCAGAUGA